CCUCAUCAGCAGACUUGACACCCCUUCACCAAUCACGAAUCCUACCGACUAGCUCUUGCGAGGGAGACUGUGAUUCACAAGCCGCUGACCAAUCGUCGACGCCAAAGUCGAUUCGUGUAAGCCAUCUGAAGCUGCAGCCAAGAUGGCAUCCCCGAACACCAGCACGAUCAGCCUACAUGGCGCUCCCCUCGUUCUCUACCGAGGUCCGCACACCUAUCUCUCCUUUACGCUCUCAAGCGCCAGCAGCGACACCCCAACAGAUUCUGUCAAAGUUCAGCUGGUUCGAAGAGGCUGGAGAGCGGGUGUAUUUGGCUGGAAUGCUGCUAAAUGGCUGGGUGCAAGGGAACGAGGUGUGGAUGUGACGCCGGUGCACGAAUCGGAUUGGGAGAACGCCGAGCUGGUGCAGGACGAAGUACCGACGCAAGCCAUCUUGAGUGCGAAGAGGAGGGCAAACAUCCAACAAGACUUGGAGCGCAAGACAGAACAAGCUCGAUCUCAAGCCUGGGAAUUCGGCAUUGAGCCACUGCCCCGGUAUCACACCACCAUGACUGUUCGACUGCCAGCGAGCGAAGGGGAUGGAUAUUUUCAUCUGCUGCUCACCACCAAGCAAGGCGAGAAUGUUCGAUCCCCAACAUUCCGCAUCUACAGCGUCUCUCUCAGCUCAGCAUGUCCUCGAGGAGCUUCUUUGCUGCCGCCCACCAUCAUUCCCGAGCUCAUCCUUCGAACCCUCUCUGCCAUGUUGUACACCGCACUGCUCGCCUUGAGCCCACUCGGCUUCCUGGCUCGUUUUGCACCCCGCGGCAUCACACGAUGGGUGGGCAAAAGAGUGUACAGGGCGGUGGGCGGCAAUGAGAGGAGAGAUGAAGCGCUGCGACAGUAUGGAGUUCAGGACAAGCUCGACAGCGCCAAAAAGGCCGUGGAAAGGGUGCCCUUUGCUACAGCCGGCGUGAGGACUGCUUGGGAUGUGCAGAGGGAUCAAGAGCUGGGAAGGGGCGGCGUGCGGUGGAUCAGGCGAUGAUGUUCGUGAGGUUAGGAUGCGAUAUGGACGUCAAGUCUUCCUGGACGACGUUGAAGAGUUAGUUGCACGUGGGCCUCGAUCCUGACUUGAUGAGCACUGCGGAGUGGCAGUUUCCAGCAUUCUUGAUUGUGUACGUCUGCCACAGCUUUGCACCUCGUAUGUAGACGUUGCAGUGAUGUUGGAUAUCAUUAAGUUGAAUUCGCAUUGUAAAGUUGAUUUGUC